AUGAAGAAUGAAGAAGCUAACUCGGCACUUACUACACUCGAGCAGUACCCAUCACAAACGAAACAUCUGAGAAAUCGCGACCGCCAAAGGCGUGAACGAAUAGCGUCCCAUAUGAGGAGGUUUAUCGAUGAAUAUAACUCAGAAAUAUCGCUUGCACGCAACGAAAUCUAUUUUCGUUCUAUGGCGUGCUUUGUUAUAAAUAAAACGAUUCAGAGAAAAUGCAAAUGA